GCGUCGUCACGUCGCCGCCCAGGUCUUCUCAGGGUAGAGCCGGGAAACUGACAGUGACAGCCGAAUCCCAAAAUAUAUUGAGAGCAUCACUGCACUUUGAACUCUUACAAUCUAUUCCUCUCUUUCCGUCACGUCUUCGCCGCAAAUACUUCCCAUCUUCACCUGCUGAUGGAAAUGGCAAAUACAUCCAUACUGGAUCUCAGAAAUAUGGAACCUGCAAGGCAAGAGGGCAAUGCUCCUGAACUGGAAGGUUUCAGGUUUCGUGUAGAUGAAAUAUUCUCAAAGGUUGAUAAGCUUGAACAGAGAGUGAAUGAAGUUGAACAAUUCUACUUGACUACGAGUAAAAAGCAACCUAGCAAUUCGAAGAGCAGCUCAACUGUGAAGGAGAAAGAUAAGGAAAAACACAUCCCUGGCACUAAGAAACUUCAGCAAGAAGCAACACGUAGAGAAGCGGCUGCAGCAAAGAGAAUGCAAGAGCUUAUGCGCCAGUUUGGCACAAUAUUACGUCAGAUCACUCAGCACAAGUGGGCGUGGCCAUUUAUGCAGCCUGUAGAUGUUGAAGGUCUGGGUUUGCAUGACUACUAUGAGGUUAUUGACAGGCCCAUGGACUUCAGUACCGUAAAAAAUCAAAUGGAGGCCAAGGAUGGCACUGGAUAUAAGAAUGUGCGGGAUAUAUGUGCUGAUGUGAGAUUGGUGUUUGAAAAUGCUAUGAAAUAUAACGAUGAAAAGAGCGAUGUUCAUGUUAUGGCAAAAACUUUGUCAGCAAAAUUUGAGGAGAAAUGGCUACAACUUUUGCCAAAAGUGAUCGAAGAGGAAAAAAGGCGUGAAGAAGAGGAAGUGGAAGCACGAUUAAAUAUGCAGCUUGCUCAGGAGGCAGCACAUGCCAGAAUGGCUAGGGAUCUAAGUACUGAACUUUAUGAGGUUGAUAUGCAUUUGGAAGAACUCAGAGAAAUGCUGGUCCAGAAGUGCAGAAAAAUGUCUACUAAAGAGAAAAGGAAGCUGGGAGUGGAUUUAACUAGAUUGUCUCCUGAAAAUCUCAGCAAGGCACUAGAGAUAGUAGCUCAGAAUAAUCCGAACUUCCAUGCAACAGCUGAGGAGGUGGAUCUUGACAUUGACGCUCAGAGUGAAUCAACGUUGUGGAGAUUAAAGUUUCUCGUCAAGGAUGCACUAGAAGUUAAGGGCAAAAGUUCAAGCAUUGGUGGUGACGAUGACACCAACAAUGAUAAGGUUGCUGUAGCCACAGCUGCUGCUACCACUGCUAAACGAAAAAAAGAUAUAUGCGAUGCCAUCGCCAAGAAUGCCAAGAAACGAAGUAAGAAGCUAUCAUCCUAGUUUUCAUGACAGAAUCAUUGCAGCUAUUUGUCUUGGUCAGGCUGUUUCUGGUAACAUUCUCUUGUACUUUUCUGCUUGGUGCCCGGAACAGAAGAACAAGACUGUAUUAUUCUUGAAACUAAAAAACAAACAUGGUAGAAGGGGUAUUUAUGUCGUGGUUUCUAGUUUUUUCGUUGAGAAUGUGUGGUUCAUUGGAGCGGACAAUUUGAGAGUAAAAAUGUUGAAAUCAUCGCCGGUCCUUUUAUAAGCCCUUGAGAGUGCUUCCCUGUUGUCUGUAAAGAUACAACCUUAUGUAAUCAAAUGUCGGAAUUCAUUGCCUAUCCUAAUUGCUUAUUGUUUUCA